GCUUUACGCGCAGAAAAUGUAGCAUACGUUGUUGCACCUUAUGAAGCUGAUGCACAACUGGCUUAUCUUGAGAAAAAGAAAUACAUAGCAGCCAUCAUAACAGAAGAUUCGGAUUUACUAGUUUUUGGCUGUAGAACUGUAAUAUACAAAUUGGAACCCAAUGGGGAAGGAAUAGAAAUAUGUCGGGAUAAAUUUGGAGACGUACAAGAGAUUAAUCUGCUUGGUUGGAUGGAUAAAAGUUUUCGACACAUGUCAAUGUUAGCGGGUUGUGAUUAUUUGCCUUCGAUAACCGGUAUCGGUCUCAGAUCUGCGCACAAAUAUCUAAAGAAAUAUAAAACCGUAGAAAAGGUAAUACAAUAUUUGAAGAAUAAUAAUAAAAUAAAGGUGCCACCAAACUAUGAAAAUGAUUUUAAAAAAGCAGAAUUAGCAUUCUUGUAUCAACGCGUGUUUGACAUUGAAACUGAACGUUUAAUCACUCUGAAUCCUAUACCUAAAGAUUUGAACAUUUCACCUAAUACAGAUUAUAUUGGACCAAAUAUAGAUGAAAAUAUCGCUUUAGGUAUUGCGAUUGGUGAUAUCAAUCCAAUAACCAUGAAACCAAUGAUACAAGUGGGAAAAGAAGUGGCUAAAGUGAGGGGUUCAUCACCAUUUAAAAAUGACUGUAGUGAAAAAGGCUCAUCUUCAUUGAAUGAAAAUGACCCUUUCACUUGUAAUCCAUUUAGUUCAAAUUAUAAUUAUUCAGGUGCAAAUCUAGUAAAUCUUCCUUUAUUCGAAAAACCGCGCAAAAUCAGAAGUCUAUGCAAAAAGGUGCGCGGACGAGGUUCAAUAUCAACGGCAAACAAAAAACGGAGAUUAUGUUCUAACACGGAUGAUAAAAGUACUCCGAGCCCAAAAAGUUAUUAUCAAAAUCAUGAAAAAAGAUUUGAAAUGGAAUUAGACAAACUCCGUGUUUUAAUAAGAUGCGAAGAUACAUUUUCAACAAUUAAUUUGGACAGGAUGAUACAAUCGGAUCAAUAUAAUCAUAUUGGAUUGACGGAAUGCGAACGACUCGUUGCCGAAGGGUGGAGAAACCAAUAUUUAAGAAAACGUAAAUGGGACAAAUCUUGUUUUGAUUAA